AUGUGUGGGGAGCCGGGGGGGCGCGGGAAGCUGGUCAUAACCCAGGCGCCAUUUUGGGCUGUGACCACCAAAGCCACCAUGUCUACCACCCCAGAACCAAACACCACAUCCGCCGAGAACUCUGAAGAAAGUAUUGAAAAUGAGAAUGUCUUAAAGAGAGUCGCCAGCCUUCCUUUGGUUACUUCCGUCUGUGACUUGGUUUCUUCAAACUACAAGUCCAUCAAAAGGAAAAACUCCUGUCUUCAGAUUGUAUGCAAGGGGGCAGAGAAAAGCGUGAAGUCCCUCACUGAAGUCGCAGUCACUACGGUGCAGCCGAUUUUGAUUACAUUUGAAUCUGACAUUGCUGCAGCAAACAAGUUGGCCUCUAGAAGUCUAGAUGCAGUGGAGGAAAAACUGCCUAUCCUACAACAAACAGCUGAUCAGGUUGUCUCUAAUACCAAGGAGUUGGUGUCUUCUAAAGUCACAGAUGCCAAGAAUGCUGUUAACGGUGGAUUAUCAGAAAUGGUUGGCAGGACCAAGAAUGCCCUACAGGGUACUAUGAAAACAACCACAUCCUUGCUAACUAGUAGUAUGAGCAUGAUCAUCGGAAUGAAUAUGUGCAAGAUGGCCAGGAAUGGUGUGGAUGCAGUGCUAGCAAGAACUGUUGCCUUUAUGGAUUACUACCUCCAUGUCACAGAUGAUGAAAUGGGUGAACUUCAAGUAUGCUGUAAUGGUGGAGAGAUGGUUCAUUUGCAGCAAGCCCAAACUCAGAUAGCAAGUCCAGGCUACUUGGCGUGCUUGAUUUCCUUGCUGAAAAAAUUCCACGUUUAUGUUUCCCAGCAGUCUAAGCAGCACGUGAGAUGUGCAAGUGAAUGCCUCCAAAGAGUCCUACAAAAUCAAUACCUGGAAUGGAAGGGUUGGCUGGUGGCCCUGUACUACUCUGUAAUGCUACAUCUGAGGACCGUUUAUCUGAUCAUACUGUUUACCAUUGAGGAAGUGUCAUUCAAGGUCCAAGAGAACAUGCCCCAAAGGUCUUAUGUCCUUGAAGAUCUCCAGAUGGCCCUCACCACUCUCGAAUGUUUCCAGGAUCUCUGCAGAAGAAUCUUUGCCCGAGUCUGGAUGAAAAUAUUGGAGGAGGAACACUUGAAUUCUCUCCUGGGCUGCAUAAGGAAUAACUUACCUUUUUGUUAUUCAAACUACUACAAAUGCAGGAUCUAA